UAUAUCACAUAGCGGCAGAAUGAUCCCCCUCCUCCAUCCAGCGAGUGGUCUGAUUAUUUCCGAAACUUUGUAGAUUCUUGCCUGCAGAAAAUCCCCCACGACAGGCCGACAUCCCAGGAGCUCCUGAAGCACGUCUUUGUUCUCCGAGACCGCCCGGAAACCGUCUUAAUAGACCUCAUCCAGAGAACCAAGGAUGCCGUGAGGGAGCUGGACAACCUUCAGUAUCGCAAGAUGAAGAAGCUGCUCUUCCAGGAGGCCCAUAACGGACCAGCAGUGGAAGCCCAAGAGGAGGAAGAGGAGCAAGACCCCAGCAUGGGCCGGACAGGCACCGUGAACAGUGUGGGGAGCAACCAGUCCAUUCCCAGCAUGUCCAUCAGCGCCAGUAGCCAAAGCAGCAGUGUUAACAGCCUUCCGGAUGCCUCUGACGACAAGAGCGAGCUGGAUAUCAUGGAAGGAGACCACACGGUGAUGUCCAACAGCUCCGUCAUCCACCUGAAGCCGGAGGAAGAAAACUACAGGGAGGAUUCGGACGCUCGGCUGCGAGGAUCGGAGCCCCAGUCUCCCCCCCAAGGGACGCGCCACAGAUCCCACUACCGCAACAGAGAGCACUUUGCCACCAUACGCACAGCAUCGCUGGUGACCCGCCAGAUGCAGGAGCACGAGCAGGACUCCGAGCUGCGGGAGCAGAUGUCCGGCUAUAAACGCAUGCGGCGGCAGCACCAGAAGCAGCUGAUGGCCCUGGAGAACAAGCUGAAAACCGAGAUGGACGACCACCGCCUGCGGCUGGACAAGGAUCUCGAAACGCAACGCAACAACUUUGCGGCGGAGAUGGAGAAGCUCGUCAAGAAGCACCAGGCAGCCAUGGAGAAAGAGGCCAAAGUGAUGGCUAACGAAGAGAAGAAGUUUCAGCAGCACAUCCAGACGCAGCAGAAGAAAGAACUCAACAGCUUUUUGGAAUCCCAGAAGAGAGAAUACAAACUCCGCAAAGAGCAGCUCAAAGAGGAACUGAACGAGAACCAGAGCACCCCCAAGAAAGAGAAGCAGGAGUGGCUGUCCAAGCAGAAGGAGAACAUCCAGCACUUCCAGGCAGAGGAAGAGGCCAACCUGCUACGGCGACAGAGGCAAUACCUGGAGCUGGAGUGCCGGCGCUUCAAGAGAAGGAUGCUGCUGGCCCGCCAUAAUUUGGAGCAGGAUCUUGCCCGGGAGGAGCUGAACAAGAGGCAGACCCAGAAGGACCUGGAGCAUGCCAUGUUGCUGCGCCAGCACGAGUCCAUGCAGGAGCUGGAGUUCCGGCAUCUGGGCACCAUCCAGAAGAUGCGCUGCGAACUCAUCCGGCUGCAGCACCAGACUGAGCUGACCAACCAGCUGGAGUACAACAAGCGCCGGGAGAGGGAGCUGAGGCGGAAGCACGUCAUGGAGGUCCGGCAACAGCCCAAGAGUUUGAAGUCGAAGGAGCUCCAGAUCAAGAAGCAGUUCCAGGACACCUGCAAGAUCCAGACCCGCCAGUACAAGGCCCUGCGCAACCACCUGCUGGAGACCACGCCGAAGAGCGAGCACAAGGCCGUCCUGAAGCGGCUGAAGGAGGAGCAGACCCGCAAGCUGGCCAUUCUGGCCGAGCAAUAUGACCACAGCAUCAACGAGAUGCUGUCCACGCAAGCGCUGCGUCUGGACGAAGCCCAGGAAGCGGAGUGCCAGGUCUUGAAGAUGCAACUGCAGCAGGAACUGGAGCUGCUCAACGCCUACCAGAGCAAGAUCAAGAUGCAGGCCGAGGCGCAGCACGAGCGGGAGCUGCGGGAACUGGAGCAGAGGGUCUCCCUGCGUAGGGCCCUCCUGGAACAAAAGAUCGAGGAAGAGAUGCUGGCUCUGCAGAACGAGCGCACGGAGCGGAUCCGAGGCCUGCUGGAGCGCCAGGCGCGGGAAAUCGAGGCCUUUGACUCGGAGAGCAUGCGCCUGGGCUUCAGCAACAUGCUGCUGUCCAACCUCUCCCCGGAGGCCUUCAGCCACAGCUACCCCGGAGCGUCUAGCUGGUCCCACCACCCUUCGGGCGGGCCGGGCCCUCCCUGGGGACACCCCAUGGCAGGCCAGCCUCAGGCCUGGGGCCACCCCAUGCAAGGGGGACCCCAGCCGUGGGGCCACCCCUCAGGGCCCCUGCAGGCCGUGCCUCGGGGUGGCUCGCUCGGGGUCCGUAACAGCCCCCAGGCCCUGAGGCGGACGCCUUCCGGGGGACGGACAGAGCCCGCCAUGAGCCGCAGCGCCAGCGUCACCUCGCAAAUAUCCAAUGGGUCGCAUAUGUCUUACACAUAAUACCUUCCGUUCGGUGCCCCCCGUACGGGUGGGCCGCCCUGCCGGGGCCAUCUGCCCGCCCACAGGAACUGCUGACAAGGCCUCUUCCCCCCUCCCCGGGAACCGGCCCCGGGCAGCGCAGGCUCGGGGGGGGGGCCCGUCUCGCGCGGCGAGCGUUGCCUUCCGCGCUUGCUAUUUGGGAUGUCAUAGUAUUUGGCCGUAGUGUGGCUCUCUCACCUGACCCGCACCGGCUUUAAGGAAGCUACGUGCAGGCGGGGAGGGGUGUGUGGAUACUCCCCACCUUUCCCCCCCCAGCUCUAUGGGGAGAGGGGGGUCCCCGCUUCUCCAGGAGGAAGGUGAGAGGAUUCCCCCUUUUCCUUUGUCCGGGGUGUCUGGAGUCCCAGCUCCCUUGCGCCCGUAUCGGUUCAGCUGCCCCUCCACACCUCUGGGGGUGCUUCCUUGUAGGGAGGGGCCCAGGGGAAGUGCCUCCCCGGGACCUUGCCCGCCAGAAGAGGCUGGGGUCGCGCACCCACCCCCAGGCCCGCGGCCGUCUGCGCGCUCUCCGUUGCACUACGAUGCGCAGCCGUGAGAAUUUCCGGGCGCACCCGCGACGGCUUGGACAGAACUGCACUAGUCAAACGCACCUGCUCGAACCCUCUCUGCGGGUCGGCCCCAGGGGCCGAGGGGCGUGCGAGUGAGCGUGUGUGCAUGCACACAGGAGGGGGCGAAGUGGGGAGGGGGGGCAUGAGAGCCUUUUUAGGGCUUAAUACUGUGACAUCUCACCGCAGUUCAGCCUCAGAACACCGUGCCGGAGCCACGGCCCCGGCCGAUGCCCCUGCUCUCUUUCCGAACCGUUCCGGCCUGCAGCCAACCGCGCCCAGACGCCGGAGGUCUUGUGAACGAUGCCAUAAGUCGCCCCUAAGCCUCCUCCCAGAGACCAGGGGCGGGGGGUCUCUGCUCCUGACACUACGUUUGCCAGUUUUUUUUUAUUGGGCUUGCCACAUUAUUAUUAUUAUUAUUAUUGUUAUUAUUUUUCUCGUUUACAUGUCAAACCGCAACCGUCGUAGGUGUUUGACUUGCCACGGGGAGUCCCGGCUCUUCUGCUGCUGCUGCUGUCGCCACUGGAGACGUUGGUCAUGGGCGGUGCCAGUCCUUGCCAAGCCCGUGGCGAGUGGGCACCGCGGUUUCUGCAGGCCCCUCGGCAAGAGACGCGGCCUCCGAGGAGCCACGCGGGGCCCCCGGGGGCCCCAGAGGGAGCUGGCUCGGGGUCGGGGGUCCCUUCCGUGCCACUGCAGGGAAGGGGGUCCCUGUGGGGCACCCGCGGGAUCCCCGGGAGCAGUUGGCCUUCAGCUCGGUCAAGUUACUACCAGCUGCCCCCCCCCCCAAAACCCGGCAUUCUGUUGUACAUUAUUUUCCUUGCACACUUUAAGCAAACACUAGCUACUAACUUUAGGAUUUGCCUUUUAACACACCUGUAGGGCUGAGAAAUAUUAAAAGGUUUUAUUUUUUUUUUAAAUGUCUCUCCGUGACAUACCUGUAUAGAAGAAUAUACUCUCGUGUGUGUCACACUUUUUUGAUCUUUUUUUUUUUUAAUCGGUGUGACUUUUAAUUUAGCUAAAUUAAAAACACACACACACACACACAUCACUCCAGCUCCUUUGGUUCGGCUGUAUCUUCCUUCCCCCCCUCCCCCGCAUCCCACUUUGGCUUCGGACUGGGGAGGACUGCCAGGAGCAGAAGAGGGCCUGGAGCCUGGCCUGAAAAAGGGGGGGGGGAAGAGUCAGAAGACCACCACCCCACCCACACACACUCCUGAAUUGGGCACAGCUACAGUUGCCAAUAUGGAGGGGCAGGAGCAGCACAAGCCCCCCCCCCUUCGGGGUUGGCCUGCCUCUUACCAGUCCUGAGAUUGCUGUGAGCUCUCUUUUGGGGUGAAGUUGGGGGGGGGCUGUUCAGCCAAUGAACACUGCAAGUAGGAGGGGAGGGCAGUGACCCCGCAGCCCAUCGUCCCCGACCGAGGCCGGCCAAGCUUAAAACUCUCCGUCGGCAUCACCGGUGAUCUGCUCAACUUGCCUGGUGGCAUCUAGCUGUCCUCAAGAUGCCUCCUUACGGCAAUUGCCUCUUCCGGGACACAACCUAGGUCAGCAGGCACUCUGGACAUGCCCAGUAGCCCACCUGCCCACCCUCCACCCACCCCUCGGAAGCUUUGCUUGCCUCAACAGCAAACAGAUGCGACGUCGAAUUUGACAUUGGCGUUUUUUUUUUGUUGUUGCCAGGGAAGAUUGCGAUGGAAGCCAUUUUCUCUCUCUCUCCCUCUUCCUCCUCCUCUUCCUCCCCCUCCCCACCAUGUACACCAUCCUGUGCCAGAUUCCAGGCUCCCCAUGAAAUUAAUCUUUUAAGUAAAAACAAUUUGCCAAAACCCCA